AUGAAGGCCUUCACAACUUCCGCCUUGUUCGCAGCAUCUGCUCUAGCAGCUCCUCUAGCAACUCUCCCAAACCCAUUGUCAAAACGAGCCUGCCCUGGACCUGAAGCCACCAUCCUGCUCAUGAACCAGGACGCCCAUACCUCUGCACAAGUCACCCUAUGCACCGACAACCUAGCCGACGACGUCAACGCUAUCUUCGCCUAUACCGGCAUCGAUUCUCGCGACGGACACUUCUACGUGACAUCAGCCCAUCUCGUGAGCUACACCGACGGCUUACCUGCUUUCUGCUCGUUUCAGAACAAUGAUAACGGCGACCUAUAUGGACGCGUGAUUCGCGAGGCGCCCGAUCUCAACACCUGGGUGACAACUGGACAGCCGGGUCUGCUGGAUUUGGGCAGAAGUCGAAUCCAGUGCCAUGUUGACAGGGAGGAGUAUCUCAAGUGCUUGGGUAUUGCGGGUGAUCCUUACACUGAAUGUGUCAAUAAGGUCACUGCUGAGUUGGCUGCUGGUGGUAGCACAACGUCACCGCCACCAUCAACUUGUAAUUAA